GCAAGGGAAAAGGUUCUCCUCAAUAUGCGAGAGAGCAGAUUGCUUGCUUGAACUCUGCCAUGUUCAGUGCAAGGCUUCCCUUCCAUUUCCCAGAUGGGUUGAUUCCCUACUCAUUAUUUCUCUUGCUGCUGCUACUUGCCCAAACUUGCCAGGCAGCUACUGCAGAUGGAGGAACCUGCAGUCCUUCCUCCUGCGGCGAAAUCCCCGAAAUCAAGGACCCUUUUCGCCUGACGACUGAUCCACAAAGCUGCGGAAACCAAAAGUACAACCUCUCAUGCGAGAGCAACACAACGGUGCUUUACAUCGAGUCAGCCAGAUACUACGUCAGAGCAAUAAACUACAAGAACUUAACAAUCAGGUUGGUCAAUGAGGGAAUAAUCGACGGCCAAUGCUCUUCCUUGCCCACCAGCCCUCUGUCCGAAAACAGCUUCUACUUCCUCGAUCCAUACAUAGCAACAAGGGACAGACAGAGGUUCUUGUCCAAGAGGGAAGAGCGCUUGAAUGAAGUGUUAACUCUGUUCAGCUGCCAGGGUACUCUCAGCAGUUCUGCAGGAUUGGUGGAAACAGCUCCAUGCAUCAGUGGAGUGAACAAUUCUUCGGGUUAUGCGGUUUUUGGUGGUGCAAUGGAUGCUCUCAGCUUGGGGAAGAUGUGCAGGGUUGAUAUGAUGGCGAUGUUGGCGAAGAAGAAGGAUGGUUCUUACGACCAGGUCGGGUUUCAAGAAGUUCACCGACAGCUCGAAUAUGGGUUCGAGCUCUCGUGGCAUCUGUACAAGUGCGCUGGCUGCUUAGGGGUCAAUAGUUGCUACCUUGAUAAGGACAACAAAGUUCUCUGCUCUGGACUAUGGGACCAAAUCAUAUUGAUUACAACAACCCUUGGAAGACUCCUAUAUACCCUUGGUAAACUCCACAUUCAUCUCAGAACUUUCUUUUUCAGUUACACUUCAGCUCCAAAAGUAGUAACAGAAACUUCAUUACCUCUACACAGUGGUUCUAGCUCACGUGGCAAUGGUGCC